AUGGCUACAGCCGCAACGAUUCACCCAAACCCACCCAAGCGCUCCGACUCGGAUGUCUCUCCCAGAACGGUGAACCCUCCCAGAAACUCAGCUUCAGAAGACGCAAAGGCCGAUUACUUCCCAGACUCCAACACAGUCGAUGGUUCCAAUACUAGUGUCCGGGCCAGCGACGGCGACGAUUCAUCUGCUCGGAAGUCGAGCAUUUCCUUCGCACCAGAUCCUCGAGAGGGCCGUAGCUCAAGCCGUGAAAGCAACCAAAAUUCGGCACCAGGCCAGGACUCGAUGAUUCAAAGGAAAUCAUCCACCGGCUCUGUGUCUUUUCGUCGAAUGACAAAUCCUCAACUUCCCCAAGGAAAUCCACAACAGAUGAACAAUCAUCGCAUCCGAGCGAGUUCGCCCGACCACCUAAGGUAUGCAGAAUCUUUCUUCAUCUUUCCCCCUCCCAUUGCAUGA